AUGACGCCCAGCUCCCCAGAUGAAGCUCUUCACUUCCGCGGCAAGACCCUGACUCCCGAGAGCCCUCGUCCGCUACACGUCGCGGAACCUGCCAGGAUCCCGGUGCUUCAGAAUCAAAUGGACCCUGUUUUUAACGACACGUCGACUUAUGAGAAGUCCGAGGCCUUCCUUGGCAAUAGUUCCCAGGCGCAUCCCAAUGAUUUCACCUCACUUCGUGGCCAAUAUGCAGGGCCCGGCGAAGUGAGGGGAACUACUGGCUCCGUGCAAGUGCCGGAGCAACCACCACCGCGCCAACCACCAAACACUCAAGGUAGCUUCCACCCGGAUUCGUCGCAGGUGGAGGAUGGAUCGAUGAACAAGAUUGCCCACGCACUGUCUGCUACGGCUACAACUGCCCAGGCGUCCUUUGCAUCAGACCAACCCGCGCCUCCCAUGGCCGGCGGUACCUCCUCCGCAGCCCAGGACGCUCCAACAGACUCUUCUCUAACCACUCUGCCUCCAUCAGAUCCCGCCUCCCUCCUAGCUCCUCCUCCUCCCCCCGAUGUCCCUCCCUCUUCCUCCCAUGCCGCUCAAGACACCCCCAGUGCGAGCGAGGUAGACCACGCAGUCGCCAGCUGGACCGCCCAGCCCGCGCCGCAAACUCGCCUAGACUCCCAGAGCAAAGCUGAUGAUAACACUGGUGAGGAUGGUGUCGAUUUUCAGAACCUCCUCGAUAAUCUGCCCCCUUCUUCCACUGCGCCCUCUGCCCCUGCGGUCUCAGAGACAGCGCCUUUGUCUACAGACGUUUCUGCCUUUCCCCAGGCAGGAACGGGUGACGAGGCGCUCCAAUCUUCCCUGGGACUUCCCCCUCGCCCCCCUCCCCAGGAGAAGCCCUCUAUCCAUCCCAACUACAAUGCCAGUGAUGACAUCCGGUCAUAUCACCAGCUCCCCCCUAAUACUUCCAAUGCACAGCCCUCCCCUUCCUCCACCUACACCGCCCAGCAGAGUAAUUAUCAGUCCAAUCUGGGCCUCCCAUCAUUGGCUGCGGCUGGCGCACCGGGGACGUCCUCGGGUGCCAGCGCUUUGCCCCCUCCCCCCGUGCCGAGUUUCCAGCAGUCUACAUCUACUACUACCUCCGAGACUCAGGACUCCCCAGGACCAGUGAAUAACAGAAAGGGUGGCGGUGAACGGGUAGUGGCCCGGCAGAACAAGGGUUCCGAUGAAGACACGCCAUGGGGCCCCGAGGUGCAGAAGAAGUACGAUAAGUUUCUGCAUGACGAGAGGAUCUACGUAACCGAAGGUCUUUGGGACCGGUUCCCGCCGGGGUCUAGAUUGUUUGUUGGUAAUCUGCCCACUGAAAGAGUGACAAAGCGCGAUUUAUUCCACAUCUUCCACAAGUUCGGGAAGUUGGCGCAGAUAUCCAUCAAGCAGGCCUACGGGUUCAUCCAGUUCCUUGACUCGUCUGCCUGUAAACAGGCUCUCGACGCUGAGCAAGGAGCUGUUGUUAGAGGACGCAAAGUCCAUCUCGAAAUCUCGAAGCCACAGAGGAGCACAAGGCCCGGGGCCGCCCCGGCAGAACCUUCUCGCGCUCCUCCACCAAGGCGCUCGAGGUCUCCAGAAUUCAGCCGGAGUGGUCCUUCUGGCAGCCGCAGUGCGAGAGCCCCGGCUGAUCGUUACGACCGUCCGUACGAAUCGGGGCGCGUGCCAUUCAGCGAUUUUAGGGAUGAGCCCGGUCACCGUAGACGUGACGACUAUCGGCCACCCCCUCCGCCUCGCUCGCCGUCUCCUCGUGCAUUCCGCGCCAGGGACGGGUACCGGUCUCGGGAUAGAACUCCAGAGCGGUACGAUCGACGCGAGAGGCGGCGUUCCCGGUCGCCCUACACGAGAGAUCGCAGAUAUCGCACCCCAAGCCCACGGGGUCGUGGGUCUUACGAGGGUGAUGCAGACCUGCCCGUUCCUCGGCGAGCUCCGAGAGACGUACCGGAAGUACAGAUCCUUGUGCUCGAGGAAUUGGAUCGCAACUUCAUUUUCUUUGUGGAGAACUCUUUCCGUAACCGGGGUCUCCGGGUGGAUGUGCUUGUCCUUGGACCCCGAAUUCCCCUGAACGCUGCUGUUCAACGACAGAUCCAGGAGGGCGUACUUGCCGUAGUGUUUGACCGAAGCGGGGGGGCAGACAAUGUUCGCUCCAACGAAUACCCCGAUGUCGAGCCCAGUAUCGCCGCCGAGAUUGUGUUCCAUGCCCAGUCGAUGCAGCGUGGCGCUCCUCCGGCGCCUUUCCCUCCCAACCCGGCAUUUGGGGUUCCCCCGCUUCCUGCUCCGGCUGCAACAGUGCCUCCUCAGGCGCCGCUGCCUACCGUCGCCAAUCAGCCCAAUAUUGCCAACCUGAUUACCUCCCUUGACGGGCCCACACUACAAUCGCUGCUGGGAGUGCUCCAGCAACGGCCGCCAGCCGUGCCAACGGCGCAGCAGCCGUUUCCUAGUGCCAGCACGCCGCAUGGCGCAGCAGACCUCGCUAGCCUGCUGAACGCUGCCACUCGCCAGCCUGUUGCUGCUAACCCGCAACAGCCACUAGCUCCACCGCCCUUUCCUCUGCAAGCGCCAAAUGCUCCUUUGGUAUCCGACCCCAACUUGAUUUCGUUACUUGCCAAGGGACUUGGAGGCCAGCAGCCUCAAAAUCAGGCAGCCGUUGGUCCCCAUGUGCAGAACAUCAUGAACCAACUGGGCAAAUGGAAGCAAUGA